AUAACUUGUGCAUUGAUUUUGAGUGGCGACCCCAUAUUACCCACCAUGGCUAGAAUGCUUCCCAUUUUGGCUUCCAAGUUCAUCAUCUUCUCCCUUCUUUCUCUCCUGGCCAUGAUUCUUGUCACCGGAGAAAACCAUGGUUUUGCUAGAAACCUAGACCAGAGGCUUGUCGGGCUCGACAAGAAAGAAAAGCUCACCCAUAUCCGUUUCUAUUGGCACGACAUUGUUAGCGGUCGUAACCCUUCUGCUGUUCAAAUCGUGCCACCGGUGGCCAACGCAUCAGCAACAUUCUUUGGUGCAAUAAACAUCAUCGAUGAUCCAAUGACCAUAGGGCCUAAGUUGAGCUCCAAGUUGAUUGGAAGGGCUCAAGGGUUUUAUGCAUUGGCUUCACAAGAAGAAGUUGGCCUAUUAAUGGCUAUGAACUUUGCGUUCAUCGACGGCAAAUACAACGGUAGCACGGUUACGGUCCUCGGGAGGAAUCCAGUGUUCUCAAAGGUGAGAGAGAUGCCGGUGAUCGGUGGUAGCGGGCUUUUCCGGUUUGCUAGGGGUUAUGCUCAGAUUAAGACGUACUAUUCUAAUUCCACUACCAGAGAUGCCAUUGUUGAAUAUAAUGUGUAUGUGUUGCAUUAUUGAUGCUCAUCAUGACCUUUGAUCACUUCAUUGCUCUUGUGAGACGAAAUCUGUAAUAGCUUUCAAUAAUGUUGGCCACCUUUAACUAUUCUCCUCCGGCAGGCCGAAAAACACAUGAUUAUAUGUAUAUAUUAUUAUUAUUUAGAUGAAUAUAUUAUA